CUGAUAUUUGGUCAUUCCAAAUGAAUUUACGAAGUACUAACAAGUAGAAGCAAAUUUCAGAAAUUUGAACCUAUAGAUAAUCCUGUGGAAUAACUGUCUUAUAGACGAUCCCGUGGAAUAACUGUCUUCUUGAAAUAGUGCGCUGGGAGUAGAGCAUAUCUAAGGCCCCGCAAUGUGCUCGCUGAGGCCAAGUUUUUCCUGCCUUAGACACUGCACUGUUGCUGCUCAGUACCCUUCCUUCUCUACUCUCCAUUCAUUUAGACGGCCACUUUCAACUGACGAGAGAUAUCAUCCUGGGUGGAAAACUGCUAGAUUACCAUCUGGAGCCUCCACACAGUUAAAUAAUUUUCAACGCGCAAAACUCAUUUUUUUCAGUCCCACGUUUAACACAAUGGAUACCAGAAAAAAUGAUAUGGACAAUACUUGCAGUUCAAUUUCAGUGUCACCCAUCAUAAGACAUCCACGUGAAAGCCAACCGAUAUCUACAACAACCAAGGGCAAAGCCAAGGAUUUGAGUUAUGACGAAGAAGAUGGAGAUAAAGGUGGGUCUUCAGGCAGAAGAAAAGUGGGCAGGGGGAAAUUUAAGGGUGAUAAAAUCAAUUCUCUGGGAAGACUAUUGACUCGUAUUCUUCGCCACAAUGCAGUGAAGUUACGUUUGAAUAUUCGCCCUGAUGGGUAUGUCCCACUUGAUCAAUUACUGAAGUUGAGAGAAAAAUCCUUUGCUGGUAUUCCCUUGUGUUCACACACUAUCGAUGAUGUACAUGAGGCUGUAAAGAAUGAUAAUAAACAACGGUUAAGCCUGCUGGAAGAAAAUGGUCAACUGUAUAUACGAGCAAAUCAAGGACAUACUGUAAAUGUUGUAGAAUCAGAUGAAUUGUCAACACCCAUUUCAUCGGCAGAAGAAGUUCCAGUCUGUGUACAUGGAACAUACAGAAAGAAUCUGGAAUCAAUUUUUAAGAGUGGUCUUAGUCGCAUGAAGAGGCUCCAAGUCCACUUUGCAACUGGUUUGCCACAUGAUGGUGAUGUUAUUAGUGGAAUGCGUGCAAAUGUUGAAAUAUUAAUAUUUUUGAACGUUGAAAUGGCUUUAAAAGAUGGAAUGAAACUUUACCUUUCAGCCAACAAAGUUAUACUCACAGAGGGGUUUGAUGGAGUUGUACCGCCUAAAUAUUUUGCAAAGGUUGAGACAUGGCCAAAAAGGGAGCCCAUACCACUAUCAUAACAUGUUAAGUUUGAUUAGAAUGCUUACUGAAACACAUUUUAUCAUUUCUAUUUCAUGCACAUUUUGAAUUCUAUUAAAGUAGGAUGAUGAUAACUAUCCAAACAGUAUUCUAGUAUUAAAAAAGAUAAGUUUUCUCAUGGUGUCAACAAUAAAACCAACAGUAAAGUCAGUGAUAUCAAGAGAGGCAAUAAAUUAAACAAUACUAUCUUAGAGCUCAAUACAAAAUUAUAAAAUAAACAAUUCAUAUUCAACACAUGAGAUCAAUCCAUAAUUAUAAAUAGGUUCCUUUCCUAUAUGCUUGGAAAGGAAAAUUAUCCUUU